GUAGUGAAAAUGGUGAGGCAAAGGGUUGAGAUCAGGAGGAUCGACAACUUGACUGCCAGGCAGGUGACCUUCUCAAAGAGACGAAAAGGGCUUUUCAAGAAAGCUAAAGAGCUCUCAGUUCUCUGUGAUGCCGAAAUAGCUCUCAUUGUCUUCUCUGCAACUGGAAAAAUCUUCGACUAUGCCAGCUCAAG